AUGUCCUUUGCUCGCGAGCAGGUUCACAACUUUGCGGCUGGCCCGUCGCCGCUCCCCACCCCCGUCCUCGAGAAGGCCGCCGUCGGCCUCCUCAACUACAACGGCACCGGCAUGGGCGUGUGCGAGCUUUCGCACCGUAGCAAGGAGUUCAAGGGCAUCAUCGAGGGCGCCGAGGCCAACCUCCGCAAGCUCUACGGCGUUCCCGACAACUACUCGAUCCUCUUCGCGCAGGGUGGCGGCACUACUCAGUUUGCCAGCGUCAUGCUUAACAUCCUCGCUGCGCGCCGUAUCCAGCACAAGGACGACAAGGAGUACGCUGUCCCCACCAUCGACUAUGUCGUGACCGGCUCGUGGUCGUCCAAGGCCUACGCCGAGGCUCAGCGCCUUGCCCUUCCCCCCGCCCCCGGUGCGCAGCCGUUUGCCGCUCCCCGUAUCGCUGCCACUGCCAAGCCGUCCAAGUUUACCACUCUCCCCAAGCAGGACGAGUACGACUUCUCCGCCGACGCCGCGUACGUCUACUACUGCGAGAACGAGACCAUCAACGGCACCGAGUUCCCUGCCGCCGACGCGCCGUCCGAGUUCUCCUUCCCCUUUGACAAGGUGCCCGCCGGUGUGCCCGUUGUCGCCGACUAUUCGUCGUCGUUUGUCUCGCGUCCCAUCGCCAACUUUGACAAGCACGCCAUAAUCGUCGCCGGCGCGCAGAAGAACCUCGGCCCCUCGGGCGUCACCGUCGUCAUUGUCCGCAACGACCUGCUCGUCGACACCACCGAGGCCAUGAAGCUCGGCAACAUUCCCGCCGUCCCCAUCCAGAGCGAGUACAAGACCCUUGCCGACAACGGCUCGCUGUACAACACCCCGCCCACGUUCCCCAUCUACGUCUCGGCCCUCGUCCUCGAGUACCUUGUUGCCGAGCGCGACGGCAUGAAGGGCAUCGAGGCCACCAACCGCGCCAAGGCCGAGACGCUGUACGCCGCCCUCGACGCCGCAGAGGCAAAGGGCACUGUCCGCUGCGUCGUGCGCGAAAAGCUCGCGCGCUCGUGGAUGAACAUUACGUUCGAGAUUGUCGGCGAGGGCAAGGAGAAGGCCUUCCUCGACGGCGCCGAGGCCCUCGGCUUCCGCCAGCUCAAGGGCCACCGCUCCGUCGGCGGCAUCCGUGCUUCCCUCUACAACGCCGUCACCCUCGAGUCGGUCAAGGCCCUCGCCGAGUACAUCUCCAACUUUUAA